ACACAACACAACACACAUACAUCUACAGAUUAACAAUGAAGCUUCUUAUUGGGCUCGCCUUGGUUUUUUUAUCAGCUGUUGCAACUUGCAAAGCUGAUGAAGAAAUUACUUGCGAAGAGAACCUCCCAUUCACAUGUAGCAACACUGAUCGUUUAAACAGCAAAAGUUUCGGAAAAGACUUCAUCUUUGGUGUAGCAUCUUCUGCUUACCAGAUCGAAGGAGGCAGAGGUCGUGGUGUUAACACUUGGGAUGCAUUCACUCACCGGUACCCAGAGAAAGCCGGACCAGAUUUGUCGAAUGGAGACACUACUUGUGAGUCAUAUACGAGAUGGCAGAAAGAUAUAGACAUUAUGGACGAACUCAACGCUACUGGCUACAGAUUUUCUUUUGCGUGGUCAAGAAUCCUUCCAAAAGGAAAGGUGAGUAGGGGAGUGAACCCAGGAGGUCUUAAAUACUACCACGAUCUCAUAGAUGGCCUCCUUGCAAAGAAGAUAACGCCUUUCGUUACCUUAUAUCACUGGGACCUUCCUCAAACACUGCAAGAUGAGUAUGAAGGCUUCUUGGACCGCAGGGUCAUUGAUGAUUUUAGAGAUUAUGCGGAUCUAUGUUUCAAGGAAUUUGGUGGAAAGGUAAAGAACUGGAUCACUAUUAACCAGCUGUACACAGUGCCUACGAGAGGCUAUGCAAUCGGAACAGAUGCACCGGGUCGAUGUUCUCCUGCGGUUGAUGACAGAUGUUACGGAGGAAAUUCUUCUACCGAACCCUAUAUCGUUGCACAUAACCAGCUUCUUGCUCAUGCUGCCGUGGUUGAUCUUUACAGGACGAAAUAUAAGUUCCAAGGAGGGAAGAUUGGUCCUGUGAUGAUUACUAGAUGGUUUCUUCCAUUUGAUAAGAAUGACCAGGCCAGCAUAGACGCAACCGAGAGGAUGAAAGAAUUCUUCUUUGGAUGGUUCAUGGAGCCGCUAACAAAGGGUAGAUACCCAGACAUCAUGAGGCAAAUUGUGGGUAGUAGGCUUCCCAACUUCACGGAAGCAGAAGCAAGACUCGUUGCUGGUUCAUAUGAUUUUCUUGGUCUCAACUAUUACGUCACUCAAUACGUCCAACCAAAUAAGAACACCGUCGCUCCCGAAAAACACACUGCCAUGAUGGACGCAGGCGUAAAGCUCACAUAUGAUGAUGUAAAUGGUAAAAUAAUUGGUCCACUGUUUGCUGAAGACAAAACCGGUGGUAACAGCUAUUAUUACCCAAAAGGCAUUUAUUAUACUAUGGACCACUUCAAGACCAGAUAUGGUGACCCUUUAAUCUAUAUCACCGAGAACGGAAUUAGUACUCCUAGUGAAGAACCCCGUGAGCAGGCUGUUGCCGAUUCCUCGCGGAUAGAUUAUCUCUGCAGUCAUCUCUGUUUUCUCCGUAAGGUCAUCAAGGAGAAGGGUGUCAACGUGAAAGGAUACUUUGCAUGGGCUCUUGGUGAUAACUAUGAAUUCUGCAAAGGUUUUACCGUCAGAUUCGGACUCAGUUACGUUAAUUGGACAGACCUCGAUGAUAGAAACCUCAAGGAUUCUGGCAAAUGGUUCCAGAGGUUCAUUAACGUUACCACCAUCAAACCUCCAGCUGCCAAACAAGACUCCCUUCGCUCAAGCCUCUCCUUCCAGAACAAGAUGCUCGCAGAUGCAUGAAACACUCUUUUUCCACGUCAACAUGUCUCACUCUUUUUCUACUGUGCUCCAUAGAUAAGGAGCUUCUUCCACCUAUGCUGUACUCUAAAUAAAACAAAUUCCCAAUAAAGAAAUGAUCAAUAUAUUAAUGAAUAAUUUACUUUUAUUUA